AUGAAUUGUUUCUGUAAUCUUCAGGAUGAUGGACACCACACAACGAUCGUUGCUUCCAAGCAGCAACUGUUGAACGCUCAGCUUGUUGUCGGAGAAACUGCAAAAAUGAAUCCAGUUCUAUUCAAGGUACCCGUUGAACCGGGUAUUGCCAUGAUUGCACACAAGAAUAAUCGUCUACGCCUCGAAGUGCUGCGUGCAGCAUCCACUGCGUAUUCUUACAAUCCAGCUGAGACUGUAGAUGAGUAUCCCGGUGCCCUUGGACAACAGAUAUUGAUGAUUGGCGCAGUGCAGGCGCGGAACAAUGCUCGUGUGGUUUUCACAGGAUCGGUGGAAAUGUUUUCGGAUGCUUUCCUCUCAGCGGACGUCCAUAAAGUUGGAAGUUCUGAAGAGUGA